AUGACUCCCAGAGAGCUCACACCAGAAGAAUGGCGCGGGCGUCUCCACCAAAACCCCAAACCGCCCGAGCUCCUAGAGCCCCUCCACUCCCUCGACGCCAAGGACAAAAAUAUCGCUGAAUUCCUAGAGAUAUCACAAGACAAGACAAAUAACGAGAGCACGGACAAAGACAACGAAGCCAAGGAAAUCGCCGAUUUAGAAUAUCUCGCGCGCGCACUAGCUAAUACCGGCGAUGGCGUGUACGCGCAGGAAAUCCGUCUCCUGCUGUUUAAGAGGCAAUUGGUAGCUGAGAUUGAGCAAAAUCUGCUCUGGGCGCAGAAUAUCAUUGAGGCGGAUAUUAAGGGCCGGUAUCGUGUAGAGGGAAAGUUUUAUAAGCUCGGAGAAUUUGGAUUUGAAGUAAAGGAUAAGGAGGAGAAAGAGACUCAACUUGCUGUGUACAAGGCUGAACUCCAGCUUCUGAAUGAUGAGUAUUGGCAAGACAACGAACAUGUCUGGCGUCUGGAGGCGAAUACAACCCUGGGACCCAUGAGACGAGCCUAUAAAGCGUGCAGACGGAAGCCAGAUUGGCAUCUUUCUGAAUGGCUGCGCCGUGAUUGCGCUGGAAGAGGUGGGUGCUAUGGACGGAAGUGUCGGUGCUGCGAGAAAGCCCGGGAAACUAGGGGGAAGGGAAUUUUGGGCACUGCACUAGUGCAUGCCGGUGCUGUAUUGCGAGUAAAGGGUGCUCUUCUAAGGGGAAGACGACAGUGGAAGAGGAUCUGA